AUGGAGCUGAACAGUCUGCUCCUCCUCACAUCCUUCCUCUUGCACCUGGAAGAGGGCCAUGCCAGUCCUACACGGCUGGUGUGUGACAACAGACUCAUCCAGAAGUACAUCGGGGAGGCCAAGGAGAUGGAAAAGAGAGCGGGCCAGUGCCAGGCACUGCCCACACUCAGCUGCCCUAUGGUGCUGCCCUUGGUGGACUUCAGUCUUCAGCAGUGGAAAUCCAAAUCGAACGAGACCAAGAGGCGGGAGAUCCUCUGUGACCUGGCACUGCUGGUGGGAGCUGUGACGGGAGCCCAGGGCCAGGUAACCCAGGAGUGUGGGGCCAGGCAGCUGAGCCAGCUGUACCGACACGCCAACUCCUUCCUGCUGCUCCUGCAGACCUUCUGCUGGGAGGCAGGGCCCUGGGAGCCAGGCUGCUCCCCACGUUCCAUGGAGCAGACCCAGAUCACGGGGAUCUUCCUCACCUACCGGCUGCUGGUGCAGGGCAAACUGCGCUUCUUCUUCCAUGACCUGGCCAAGGACUUGUGCCACCUCCUUGUGUCCAGCGGGGCAGCAGAGAAAACCUCAAGGAAGCAGCUGUGA